AUGUUUGAAGAAAAAUUAGAACAAUUUUCAACAAUUAGACAUUGUGAAAUAUUGGCAGAUCAAAUGAAAACAAUAAAUUUACUCGAAAUAAAUUAUGAUAUUUUUCAGCAGAAGCUCGACGAACUACAAGAAGCUUAUAGAGAAUUGGAUGACUAUGAAUUGAAAUACAAGGAGUUGAUCUCCUCUUCUUCAUCAGCAGACCAACUAAUGUUACAAAUUAUUAGAAUGACAAUUCAACAUAUUAACAAAUGUCAUCAAGAAUAUCUAGAUAACAAAUGGAAAAACAACCGAGACGAUAGAAUCAAAAUGCCAACAACCCCAGUAUCUAAUGACACCAUGAUGUCUUCUUCAUAUUCAUCAGCAUCAUCCUUAGAUGAAACCUCAUCACUACUUACGCCUUUAACAACCAUAGAUGCUUAUUCAUAUGCUGAUCUUAAAAAUGAUAGGAAUCAAUUUGCUAACAAUUAUGAUGAUUAUGACGAAUUUGACGAUGAGUUCUUUUCGCAAAAUAUAGUUCACGUUGAUACAGUUUUGCAAACGUUGAAAUUAGAAUAUUUAUUAAAUUUAAGAUUUUACAAAAUAUUUAUAGAUCAAAUGUUAUUACUACAAAAUACAGAUUUGGAUCAGAAUAAUCAGUCAUCCUCCAAAUUACUUUAUGAUAUAGCAGAAGGCUAUAGAAAAAUAAUAACUGAUUGGUAUUUAGUUGUAUUGAUAAAUAUGACUGGAAAAUAUCUAGAUGAUAAAUUGGAUGAUUUAGUAAUACUAGAAAACAACAAUAACAAUGGUGACGGUGAUAAUAACAGGAGUGUAGAGAAUUCUUCACAAGUUGAAGUAAUUAAAGAUUUAUUUAAAGAAAUUGAAAAGCUAAAAGAUUUAUUUCCAUCAAACUGUUUUUCAAAAAAAUUAAAAGAUAAAUCAGGUAAAGGUAGACGUGCAUCAUCAUGA